CUCAUUCCCCCCUUUUCUGUCUUCGCAGGUGACGUGUCCUCGGUGGAGAUGGUGCAGGUGCUACAGACGCAGUUCGCACCGCUGGCCGAGGCGCUGUGCAAGGCCGUGUUCGACCUCACAUCGCGCGGCUCGACGGCCACGCUGGACACCAUAUCGGCGCAGCUGGGACAGGCCUUCCCGGCCAUCGAGAGGCCUGGCGCCGACGUCGUCUACAGGGCGCUCGGGGCACUCAUCCGGGAGCGCAGGCUCUACCACACCGGCCUCGGAUACCAGGUCGCGGCCCCGGACACCUUCCUGCAGACCUCCCCGUCCCCGGUGCCCACCGAGCGGCCCAUGCUGCUGACCAACGAAGAGGCCAUCUCGCGGCUCCACGGAAGCCCAGCGCACACCACGGACGAGUCGGCGGCCGACGGAAGCACCCUGGAGCGGAGCGCCUCCAUGCGCCUGCUGCGGACCCGCGCCGGCGCCUCCGACGAAGGACUCGCGGCGCCCGGGAGUCGCUUGAGCCGCAGCAGCUCGGUGCGCCUCUGCCGCUCGUCGCCCGCGCACGACGGACUCGUGUCCGCGUCCGUGACGCAGUCCGCGGGAACUGGCGGCAAGCGGCACCAGGACACCGGCGCUAAACGCGACGGCAAGUCGUCCAUGUUCAGCCGCUGGUUCCGGCGCAGCCGAUCCGAGAAGCGUACCUCAGGCGAGUGCAAGAAGCAGCUGUCCAGCUUCUCGGCGCAGUUCCCACCGCUCGAGUGGAGCGACCCGGACUACGCGCGAUUCCACUCGCGCGCCACGCAGACCAGCGCCGCCGUCGUCCCUCAGCAGCCGGACACGCACCCAUACGCUGCCCUGCUCAAG